GGCGCAUGGAGCGGCCGGUGGAGAGCAGCGAGAUGGCGGCGGCGCUGCGGGCCGCUAAGCGGGCGCUGCGCGGGGAGCUACGGCAGCGGCUGCGGGCGCUGGGCGCGGCGGAGAAGCAGCGCCAGUCCCGCCUGCUCGCCCGCGAGGUGAUUGGCCAUCCCAAGUACAGAGAAUCCAAAAGAAUUGCCAUCUUCCUAAGCAUGCCAGAUGAAAUCCAGACAGAAGAAAUCAUUAAGGACAUUUUUAAGCAAGGCAAGGAGUGUUUCAUCCCACGUUACAAGCCUCACAGCAAUCACAUGGACAUGCUGAAGUUAUCAUCAGCUGAAGACAUUUCAUCACUUACUUUGACAUCCUGGAAUAUUCUUCAGCCUAGUGAUGAUGACAGUGCAAGAGAGGAAGCUCUUGCUGGUGGAGGUCUUGACCUUAUCUUCAUGCCAGGCCUUGGGUUUGACAAAAAAGGCAACAGAUUGGGAAGAGGGAAAGGAUAUUACGACACCUACCUUGAAAGAUGUAUGAAACAUCCCAGUGGAAAGCCUUACACGAUUGCCUUGGCUUUUCGGGAGCAGAUUUGUGAAUCAGUGCCUGUGGCAGAAAAUGACGUCCAAGUAGAUGAAAUCCUUUAUGAACACUGUUGAAUGUAUCUUGAUUUCAAACCACUUCCAGAGGGACCAGCCAAAGAUGUCAGAUCCAUCAGUCAUGACUUUUUAAUAGUCAUGUAGAUGAUUUGGGGAGCAAUGAACACUACUGAACAAAAGAAAAAGAAAAAACAACAUUGUAAAUGUGGUAAUACUAGUGAGGAUUGCAUUGAUUUCCAUCUAAUUAUGAAGUAUCUGGUGUAGUUCUUAUUCUAGAAUCAAUAGAAACAAGAAUGUGUGACUGUUUAUUACAGUAAGGACCAUUCUGCUCAUCAUGCUUUUGAGAAACAAAUUGCUUGAUCCUUAUCAGUUUUAUUACUCCAGUUUAAAGGUGAACUGUCUACUAAUGACAGUUCUUGAUCUAUUCUGGAAUUAGAUACUUAUUAUGGUAAAAGUGAUUGGAAGAAAGCAUUAAUUAAUUUUAGUGUGGACAAUAACUGACUGUUUACUUGGCCCCUUGGUGUCUUAAAAUAAAGAAGUAUCAAGAAGUUGUCUUAAAAUAAAGGGAGCAUCUGUUAAUAAAAAAAGGUUCAUUCGUG